AUGCUGCAACCGAUUAUAGACUUCGAAUCAAUUGAGGAUGUUGAUGGUGUAAGAUUACCUUGGAAUUCUUUUCCGACCUCCAGUCUUGAUGCACAGAAUAUGGCAGUACCGUUGUCAUGUUUAUACACUCCUUUAAAAGAGAAGGAAGAGUUGGUGGUAAUCGAAGAUAAUCCAGUGAUGGCAAAUAAACCAUCAGGAACUGUGUUAAACCCAUUUUGUCAUGUUGAUUAUAAUUCAAGAACAUGGACCUGCCCUUUAACGUUAUCAAGAAACCCGUUGCCGGAAUCAUUAAUCCAAGACCCUGAAAAAUUGAAAAUGAUUAUGGAAAAUACCACUGUUGAAUACAGUUUACCAAAAUUAGUUAAAUUCCCGCCAAUUUAUUUGAUAAUUAUAGACUUGGCCACUGACUAUGAAAAUUUGGCAUCAUUAAAGGAUUCCAUUUUGGCAAGUUUGGGCAUCUUACCAGAAAAUUCAUUAAUCUGUUUAAUGACUUUUGGCAAACAUGUCAACAUUUAUGAGUUGACAAGUAACAAUACAAACAGUAUAACAUGCCACAGUUUUAACGGAGAGAAGUUAUAUGCUCUUCGUGAAGUGAGAGAUAAGUUGGGAUUAUUAUCUAGUGAUUUGAGAUCACCUAAAUUAGGCGAAAAUAAACAACACAUAGGCUCAAAAUUUUUCCAGCCAUUACAACAUUGUGAAUUCCAAAUUCAAUUAAUCUUGGAUAAUUUGCUACAAGAUUCAUUCAAAUAUUCUUCUACUAAACAAAGAAAAUUGAGGUCCACCGGGUCGUGCUUGUCCUUUGCCUUCAAUUUAUUAGAACUAUGCUUCCCUAAAACUGGGGUGGAAAUUUUAGCAUUUUUAUCAGGCCCAUGCAAUUACGGGAAAUUUGGGAAAAUCACUUCAGAUCAAUUGAAAGAUCAUUUGAGAUCCCAUAAGGAUAUCCAAAACGGGAAUAAAAAUUACCAGGUUUCCAGUAGAAUAUUUUACGAUGAUUUGGCAAAAAGAGCUUCAAAGCAUGGCUAUAUCACAAACUUCUUUAUUGGAUCACUUGAUCAAGUUGGCUUGUUUGAAAUGGCUUCCCUUAGUGAUAAAUCCGGAGGGUCUAUAAUUUUCUCAGACUCAUUCGGAACAUCUAUCUUCAAAAAUUCGUUUAUUAAAUUUUUGCAGAACCAAACUUUGAAUUUUGAUGAUGAUGAGGAGGACCAUGAAUCAAAUAAUAAUAAUAAUACAACCUAUGGGUUGAAUGGGUCGUUGGAGGUCAAGACUUCAAAGAAUUUGAAAAUUAAUGGCUUAAUUGGUCACGCAGUUUCAUUGAACAAGACAGAAAGUAAUGAUGUGAGUGAUAAGGUUGUGGGAAUAGGAGGAACAAGCUCCUGGAAACUACCAAAAAUUUUGACAAAUUCAACUUAUGCCAUCUACUUCGAAAUGAAUAAAAAUUUGAAUAAUGCUCAACAGCAAGGUAACGAAUCCACUUUUAUCCAGUUCUUAUGUUAUUAUCAACAUCCAGACGGGAAUUUUAGACUAAGGGUUACCACCAUCUCUAGACCAAUCUACAAUUUUAAUACCAGCAAAGAAUUGUUUGUUAAUUCCUUUGAUCAAGAAGCAGCAAUUAUAGCUUUGGUUCGUGAAGUGUCAUUUAAAAUCUUUAAAGAAGUACAAGAGCCAGCUAAAGUUAGAGAGCAGCUUGAUACAGCCUUGGUCAAUCUCAUGAAAACAUUUGCCACUGUCAAUAGUGGUGCUGCGAAUAAGUUGGAAAUCAAUAGCAAUUUCAGCAUGUUCCCACAGUUUGUAUAUAAUUUGCGCCGAUCAUUUUUGCUUCGUCUUUUCAAUUAUUCACCUGAUGAAUCAGCAUAUUAUAACCACACUUUGAACCACGAGGAUGUCAACAACUCAUUGAUUAUCAUCCAACCAGUUCUACUUUCGUACGAGCAAGACUCAAAUAAUCCAGAGGAGACUAUUAUUGAGCCAGUAUUAUUAGACUCUGUAUCUAUUAAACCUACCAGAAUCUUGUUGUUAGAUAGCUACUUUGAGGUAUUAAUUUAUCACGGUGAAAUCAUUUCUAACUGGAAGAAUCAUGGGUAUCAGGAUCAACCUGAAUAUGAACAUUUUAAGAACUUCCUACAGUUGCCAAAAAAGGAAGUCACAAGUAUUUUGAUCGAAAGGUUCCCAUUACCAAGAUAUAUUGAUUGUGAUGAAGGUGGUUCUCAGUCAAGAUUCUUGUAUUCUAAAUUAAAUCCCUCGAACUCUUAUAAUAACCAGAACUUACAAGGAGGCGGUGGGUCUGUGAUUUUGACCGACGAUGUGAGCCUACAAAGCUUUAUUGAAGAAAUCACAAAAAGAGUUAUAAGCAAAUAA